GAGUAGUUCAAAUCGUAUCAAAUUGGGGAAAAGGAAAAUAUUUUUCUCGAAAAUUCAAAUUGUUUCUAUUGACAACGGUAACUGUUUUUAUUGGAUUUCAUUUAUGAACUUUAGUUGGAAGGUAAUCAAAUUCAGGAAAUAGCGGACAGCUUUCAAUUAAAUAGUUCGCCGUUUAGUGAUUUUAACGGGGAAAUUUGCAAUUAACGCACCAUCUUAUUAUUCAAAUUUUAUGCAAAUUGAAAACAUUUCUUCGUCUUUGAAAUUUCAUUUUCCAAUUAUACGCUGUACUCGAAUUAGCACUUCAAAAAUAAAAAAAAGCAUCAAUGGUAUCCUCUUAACUAAAUCCAAAUCAGCUAUCCUAUUCAUAAACUCAAACAUUUUCAUCCGCGUAUACUGUUAUCAGCACCAUAAAAUCAUGAAAAUGAAAAUAAACGCGCCUGCAAAACUCCCAUUUCAGUUAUCCCAUUUUCUAAGUAAUGUGAAUGUGUGUCAAGUGUUUUGAAUGAGAAAAAACGAAAUAAAAACAACUUUAAAAAUCAAAGAAGAGUCUUCAGUGUUCGAGAAGGCAUUUAAACGUUUUUCACGUUCGUUUUUUUUUCUUCUAUUAAUUCAAUGUUUUACAGUGGUGGUAAAAGCUUCUUGAAUGACUCCCUGAAUCGUGAGAUUUUUUUUUUGUAAUUACAAGUGAAUAAUAUGAGAUUCGAUCGCAAGUGGAUUGGUGUUACGCAGACUAUUUGUAUAAUAUAAGUGGAUUAAGCAUUAACUGAAUCAUGGUGUUCGGAUAUAUUUAUCAAAUAUACCACAACAACGGAAGUACAUGUAAAGAAGAAAUCGGAAGUGAAAGCAUGUCAAUAAAUCAUCAAUCCGAAUUCAUAUCAAAGUGUUCAUCGUCGAACCAUCUAAAGAAACAGGAAAAUAAUUGUUCUGGAAAUUUUUAUGUUAUUUAUGUGUUGCUGGGAAUUUUGUACGUAUCCACCGUUGCUAUAGUAUGUGCAUUUUAUACGAAUCGGCAAAAUGAUUUGACGGUUUUAAGAGAAAAUUUUAAAAACGAAUUCAUGGUAAAUGACAUCAAACACAUCGUUCAAGUUGUUUUAAACGAUAUGAAAAAUGAACAUCAACCGGUAUUUAGAGUGAGCGAGAGCACUGCGUUGCCUUAUGAAAGCAGUGUAAUUGAAAAUGAAAGGAAAAGUUACCAAAUGCAUCACAUCAUGCGAGAAAGAAGGGAAGCCAGUAUAACAAUUGAAAAUAUGGUAACUGGAACGCAAAACGAAGAUCAAGAGAAAUAUGUGGAGUUUUUCAAUCCUAAGAUUAGACGAGAGUUAGAAAAGAAGGACGAAGAAUACAAGAAAACUUAUGGAUAUAAGGGUGCCGCUCCAGGUGGGGAUGAAUGGACUUGGUUAACGAACUAUUGCAGAAUACCGUAUGAAUCAGUAACUGGCUUCUGCAGUGCCACCAAAGAGUAUUGUCCCGUGGGUCCUCCAGGCUUACCCGGUCCAAAAGGUUAUCGAGGUGACAUGGGAAUGCCAGGUCCACCGGGAAGAGAUGGAAGGGGACCGAAAGGAUUGCCUGGAAGUCCAGGGUUAGACGGGCGAGAUGGGGUACCUGGUGAGCCUGGCUUAGAUGGAGUUCCUGGUCGAGCUGGGUCUGAUGGCAUUCCUGGAAAAGAUGGCAUACCUGGCACAGACGGUAAAAAUGGAUUGAACGGAAAAGACGGAAGAGAAGGAGCUCUUGGACCACAGGGUCCACAAGGACCUCAAGGAGAAAGAGGUAUGACAGGACCGCGUGGACGAACUGGACGUCCUGGUAUCAACGGAACCCCUGGCAUUCCAGGAAUAAAUGCUUGGAAGGUUAAGGUUAACGGAACAUUCUCGGAUCAAUAUCUAAUUCCACCAUCGAUUGCCGGUGCAGGUACACUUGAAUCAACUCGCCCAAUUAUAGUGCAUGAAGGAGACCAUUUACGGUUACGGUGUGCAGCUACUGGCCAUCCUAAACCUUCUGUCGAAUGGCGCAGAGAGGAUUCUCGAACAAUAAAUGUUGGUGCAUGGCAAGCAUCUUCAAUUCCUGGCCAUACUCUAAAUAUUACAAGAGUUAAUCGUGUUCACAUGGGUGCAUAUCAAUGCAUAGCUGAUAAUGGAAUACCACCAUCAGCAAAUGCUACAUAUUAUGUUGAAGUUCACUUUGCUCCUUUGGUGUUGGUUCGGAAUCAAUAUCUUUAUGCUACAGAAGGCGGUUCGGUAUCACUUGAAUGUGAGAUUGAAGCUUUCCCAGAGGCACUGAAAUUCUGGAAACGAAAAUCAGACAAUAGAGUUCUUGAUCAAAGCGAUAAAUAUCGCAUGGAAACAUUUACCGAUGGAUAUAAAUCCAGAAUCAGAUUAAACAUCACCCGAAUACGAGAAGAUGAUUACGGUGAAUAUCAAUGCGUAAGCAGAAACGAUGUCAACAUUACAACAGCAGUCAUUUAUGUCAAUGACAAAACAAGAUCAUCAAACCGAAACAAUGACUUCAAUUCUGUUGCCAUUUUUGGAUCAUUACCCCCGAAUCGAGAAUCAUACGAAGAUUUAUGCGGACCUCCGACAACAUGUCCAGACUGUUCCGAGCCGAAAGAAUUUAAGUGCAAGGACUCGCUGGUGACGUUAUACGAUUUGGUUGGAAAUUUGGAAAUAAAACCAACGGAAAACCGUUCUUACGCAUUCCUACCGAAUCGCACUUUUGAUUGCGUUCUUUACGCUGUCGGUAAGCCAGUAUAUCACAAAUUCACCGACCUUACUUAUGGUUCAUGGCUGAAAGAUCCGUUGCCCAAAAACGAUGAUAUUGGCGAAAAAAUCUGGACGACAAACGAAUCGGAUACUUUACACGUUUACGAAUAUGCAAACAAGGCAAAAUACAGAAAUAACAUACCGAAAAUCCAUAGACUCAAACCACCAGGAUUUCGCGGAAAUGCUCAUGCUGUGUACAAUGGUUCCUUUUAUUACCAAGAAAAAUACAGCGACAAAAUUGUGCGAUAUGAUUUAGAUUAUUCGAGACAAAUUGAAUCAAGGAGUUUAUACAGAGCUGCAUCAUCUGGUCCGAAUUUUCUUUAUACAACCGAACACAAUUAUAUGGAUUUCAGUGUAGACGACAACGGUUUGUGGGUUAUAUACUCUACCGCAGACUCUAAUAACACACAUGUUGCCAAGUUGGAUCCAUACAGUUUAAUACCUCAAUACAGUUGGAAUAUAAGUAUAAAUCACCACAAGGUCGGCGAAAUGUUUAUAGUGUGUGGUGUUUUAUAUGCGGUGGACUCGGUAGUCGAUAGGAAUACUAAAAUUCGAUUAGCAUUGGACCUGUAUCGCAAUCAACUCCUGGACGAUGUUAAUUUAUCAUUUACGAAUCCAUUUAAACGAACUACCACUGUGGGAUAUAAUCAUCGUAGCAAGGAACUGUACACAUGGGAUAAGGGAAAUCAACUUACAUAUCCAACCCGAUAUCAUGAAAUUGGCAAUAACGUUACGUCCAAUGAGAAGACUGAUGAUUUGAAUCCGCAAAUGCAGAGUGGCAUAGACGUUUACCACGAUAACGGAUACGAUUAAAGAGUGCAACUAGGCUUAAUGUAAUUGCAACAAGAAAAACUUUUUAAUUAAAAUUUCAUUCAUGGAGACAAUAGUAAAAGUUAAUCAAUUUAAGAUUUGCCACAGACAAAAGUAAGGAUAAAUUUUUGGUUUGAUUUCUUUAGUUUGCGUUAGAGCUAAGGUAUAACUGCUACGUUUAUAAUAAAAUAACAUUCAGGAUUAACAAAGAAUAAAAGAAAAAUUCAACCUACACCUGUGGUUCCUUCAUUUCUUUUAGUAGAACGGCAGAGCAGAUUUUAAUUUCGAUAUCAAAAGUUUUA